AGAAAGGCCGGAAGCGCCCGGUGUUUGACGCCUGGCCCCCGCCCCCGUCAUAGCCCCGCGAUGGCGAUGAAGGCUGGAGUUAUCAAGAGGUAUAACGUGGAGAAGGGCUUCGGGUUCAUAUCUCCGGACGAGGGUGGCUCGGACCUCUUCGCGCCGAAGCGGACAUUCGCUGGGGCCGAGAUGCACAUUGUGGAGGGCGCCAGGGUGUCGUACCAGAGCGAUAUCGAGGGGAGGACCGGGAAACCGUUCGCCUCCAUGUGGCAGGUGGAGGGCGGUGGCGUCGGCAUGGCGGGCGCCCUGGGCGCGCUCGCAGGCCUCGCGGCGGCGCCUAUGUCGGCGGUGGGCGCCAGCGCCUACUCGCCGUACGGCGCGGCGGCGCCCGCCACGCUGGGGGUGCCCGGAUAUGUGCCGGGUCUGCCCUCCGUGGUCCCCAGCGCCGUCCCUGUUCUUCCCGCAGGCUGG